AUGAGUAUUGAGAAAAUAAGCCCGGUGAUGAAAUCUGUGUCCGAGGGCGAGCUGGGUGUGGGAGAGGUUAUACCAGAGAGUAAAAAUCGCGAUGCUAAUUCCCAAUUAAAGCGAACACUUACAUUAACGAAAAAUCAAUUUCAAAACGCAACCAGGAUGUCUCGUCGGAAGUUCAAGUUGCGUGAUUCCAAGGACGGCUCCAAUAAUGUGACAAGUGCGCGGGAAAAUACCCGGAAUAAUACUUCUAUCCAGGUAGAGAUUAACAGUCAGAUUAAAAUAACAGAUGGUAAUUUCAAUUAUCCGGAUAGACAUCAUCACACCAACAAGAAGAUAUUCCGUCCGCCUUCUUUGAAGAAAAUAAUCAAUAAGAUGGUCCAGCGUAUGUCUAAUGUCGGUGUGCAGAAUCACAAAGUUCCCAGGCACGACGAGUUCAAGUCCAGUGUCAACGAUAUUCGUGUUCCACCUCCUAGACCGGCCCAUAUUCCCCCGGAUCGUGUUCCUGGAGUGAUUGGCCUCAGGAAUCAUGGUAACACGUGCUUCAUGAAUGCUGUACUCCAGUGUCUCUCCCACACUGACAUCCUCGCUGAGUAUUUCGUCCUGGACCAGUACAAGGAAGACCUGUCGAGAAGAAAUAAGCUAAACUCGAAGAAAUAUGGCACCAAGGGCGAAAUCACCGAGCAAUUAGCGCUACUCUUAAAGGCAAUAUGGAGCUGUCAAUACGAUCCUGAAAUGAGCACUGCUUUCAAGAGUGUUGUUGAUAAAUAUGGUAGUCAGUACCGAGGCAAUUUGCAGCAUGACGCUCAGGAAUUUCUUCUUUGGCUACUGGAUAAAGUUCACGAGGACCUCAAUCAGGCUACUAAGAAGAAAUACAAGAUUAUUAAGAAUUCCUUUGGUCGACCAGAUGAGCAAGUAGCUUACGAGACGCUAGCAAACCAUGAAAGGUGCAAUCACUCGUUUGUCCAUGCAAUAUUCCAGGCGCAAUUUCGUUCAAGUCUAACAUGCCCAAGUUGUCGCCGACAAUCCAAUACAUUCGACCCUUUUCUUUGCGUCUCAGUCCCAGUUCCUCAGCAACACCGUCAAAUAAAUUUGUACGUCAAUGUUUUGUACACUUCGCAACAGCCUCGGCAAGUUAGAAUCGGGGUCAGUGCUAAUCAAAUGGCGAAUGUUAAAGAGCUGAGGGAGAUCCUAGCUAGUGAUACCGGCAUUGACGAGAGCCACAUGCUGCUUACUGAAGUCCACGAUGAAGGCUUCCAUCGAACUUUUUCCGACUGCCAGCCGCUGUCAGUAAUAACUGAGAACGACCCUUUAUAUUGCAUAGAGCUGCCACAGUUAAAAGAGCCAACCGAGCAAGCAUACAUCCUGCUGGUCUGGGUGAAUGUCCUAGUGAAAGGUGACCUGAAAGAGCGCUUUGGAAGCCCUUAUACAAUGCAAGUAUCCCGCGAAACCUCCUACGAAGACUUACAGAAGCUUCUUUUAAAAGAAAUGCACACUCUGCUCACCGACGACGUGCUAACUUCAAGCCAGAGUUCCGGACUGUUCAACAUCCGUGUAGCAGAUCCAGCAGCGACUCCAGUCCAAGACGAGCAUCCUUGCAUAGAUCCCUGUGUAGAACACCCUCUCUACACGGAGCAAAUCGAGCAAGCCUUGGCCCUCUGUGCUGAUGACUCUGGUCCCCAACACGUAAAGCUGAUCCUCGAGUGGGAUGAAGCUACCAAAGUCAGUAUAAUUAACGACGACACAGAUCAGAUUGAAGAACACGCGAGUGUUAAACAGCUUAAAACUACUGCGGAGCUCGGAGGAGCUGUUACUCUAGAAGAGUGCUUUGAGUUGUACACUCGCGAGGAAAUUCUAGGCGCUGAGGAUGCUUGGCAUUGUCCUUCUUGCAAUAAGAAGCAGGAAGUUGUCAAAAAACUCGGACUUUGGUCUCUUCCUGAUAUACUGGUGAUUCAUCUCAAGCGAUUUCGUCAGCAAGGGAAACAACAGUCGACUUCCAAGUUGACAAUGUUGGUAGACUUUCCUUUAUUUGGCUUCGAUAUGACUCCACACUUAGCGCACGGUGGCAUCCAGAACCACACCAACAACGCAACUCUGGGAAGUCUAGGCUGGUCGCCGUGGAAAAAACCGCGAACGAGACAGCACAGUGCUCCGAUAAAAUAUGAAGAUAAUGUAUAUGACCUCUACGCUAUUUGCAAUCAUCACGGUCAAGAUCUUCAAGGAGGUCAUUACACCGCCUUUUGUAAGAACCCGUAUGAUAGUCAGUGGUACUGCUUUGAUGACACCCGCGUAGAAGGUGUUACUGAGACUGGCCUGGUUACUAAUUCGGCCUACAUGUUGUUCUACCAACGGCGAAGUAGUAAUUCAACGGGGAAUUCCUCAGCUGCCUCGACGAGCUCCACUGGCUCCGGGCUAGACCACUGGGUCUCUAGAAUGCCGCCUUUUAAUUAUAAUAACAAGAACUCGGUUAACUUUUCUAAUAAUAAGCAAAGCAAGUCACAGGAGAUUCUGUGUCAAGAUAAGAUUGUUGAAGAGAAAAAUAUUAAUAACUUUAACAGAGGGUGUAGGAAUUACGCUACUCUGCAGCCCCAGAAGAGAAAUGUCGCGACGGAAACUGAAACUGGGGAGAUUGAUCACUAUUCGGAUGAUGAAGCUCCUUUAAGGCGAGAAUGGAAAGAUAAACAAUUCCAACGAAUUUUGUAUUUGCUAGUAGUUGUUUAG